AUGACGUAUAGACAAAUAAAAGAAUAUGAUGCAGAGAAAGUUACGUUAUGUUCUGGACCGGCAAGCUACGUUUCAAUACCAAAUUUUUAUACGGGAAAGUCAAUUUUCUUAACUGGGGUCACUGGAUUUCUUGGUAAGGUGUUUCUCGAGAAACUUCUUUUCAGUUGCAAUGAUAUUGAAAACAUCUACAUUUUAAUUAGAGAGAAAAAGGGGAAAACUCCUCUGCAAAGAAUUGAAGAACUUUUCGACAAACCGCUUUUCUCACGAUUGAAAGGCAAGGACCCGAAGUGUGUAAAGAAAGUCACUCCAAUUAUUGGCGACCUCAGUGAACCUGGUCUUGGCAUAUCUAACGCUGACGAAGAAACACUUUUACAAAAGGUAUCUGUAGUAUUCCAUGUGGCAGCCAGUGUCCAGUUUCACAAAGAAUUGAAAGAGAUCAUAAAUACAAACGUUGGCGGGACUAAAUAUGUACUGCAAUUGUGUCAACAAAUGAAAGAAAUAAAGGCAUUUGUCCAUGUGUCCACCGCCUACUGCAACACAGACCAGAAAAUAUUAGAGGAGAGAGUGUAUCCCCCGCCAGCUGAACUCAGUGAGGUUUUGAAGUUCCUCCAGCAACCACAGCAUGACAAUAAGAAAAGGAUCAAAGAGUUCUUUAAAAAUCAACCAAAUAGCUACACCUUUGCUAAGGCCUUAGCAGAGACUUACAUAGCUGAGAAUUGCGGACACGUUCCCACAAUAAUCAUCCGACCUUCCAUCAUAUCUGCAUCACUAAAGGAACCACUACCAGGGUGGUUGGAUACAUGGAACGGAGCCACAGGCCUCAUCACAGCUAGUUAUAACGGAGCUAACAGAGUGCUACUUGGCGAAGGUAGCAAUAUCCUCGACCUGAUUCCAGUGGACUUUGUCGCUAAUCUUGCGAUUGUGGCUGCUGCUAGAUGUUCCAGUUUCAGUUCUUUAAAAGUCUACAACUGCUGUUCCAGUGGCUGUAACCCAUUAACACUGAAGCAAUUGAUCAAUCACAUGAAUCAUGUCGAAUUUGAUAAGAACGUGUCAAUAAUAUUCACCAACAAUAAAGCCUCAUUGUCCACAUUGUCAUUUUUUCUUCAAAAGACGCCAUCUUUUACCGCUGA